CAACAUCUAUAGGAAAGGUCCCCUUUGAACUGGUAUUAAUUAGAAUGAAUGCUCAACAUCAAAGAAAGAAAACAUUAAAGCAGGAGGAUUGCUUUGGAUUAGUUAAACCAAACAGUGAGUAUUUUGACUUUUCAAGCGGUUUGCCUUUCAGCACAAAGAUAAAAACCUACCAUGAUGUGAUUCCAAUUUCCUGCCUCACCGAGUUCCCCAAUGUGGUUCAGAUGGCCAAGCUUGUUUGUGAAGAAGUAAACGUGGAUAGGUUUUAUCCUGUCCUCUAUCCAAAGGCAUCAAUGCUCGUUGUCACCUUUGAUGAGCAUGUGAUCAGCAACAACUUCAAGUUUGGGGUUAUUUAUCAAGCGUUUGGCCAGACAACAGAAGAGGAGCUGUUUGGGAACAUGGAAGAAAGUCCCUCCUUUGUGGAGUUCUUGGAGUUUCUGGGCCACAAGGUUGAACUUCAUGACUUUAAAGGGUUUCGGGGUGGACUGGAUGUCGCUCAUGGGCAGACGGGGACCGAAUCCGUCUACACAACUUUCCAUAAUAUGGACAUAAUGUUCCAUGUGUCCACCAAGCUGCCUUACACGGAAGGUGACUCACAGCAGCUUCAGAGGAAGAGGCACAUAGGCAAUGAUAUCGUAGCCAUCGUGUUCCAGGAGGAGAACACGCCCUUUGUUCCAGACAUGAUCCAGUCCAACUUCCUGCAUGGGUACGUGGUGGUGCAGGUGGAGAACGCGUGUACGGAAAAUGUCACAUACAAGGUGUCUGUGACAGCGCGGGAUGAUGUACCUUUCUUUGGGCCGGCUCUGCCUGACCCUGCCGUUUUCAAAAAGGGCCCAGAGUUCCGGGAGUUCCUCUUCACUAAGCUCAUCAAUGCUGAGUACGCCUGCUACAAGGCUGAGAAGUUUGCCACGCUCGAGGAGCGCACACGGUCAGCCCUGUUGGAGACUCUGUACGAGGAGCUGCACAUCAACAGCCAGUCCAUGAUGGGUCUGGGUGGAGACGAUGAAAAGCUGGAGAACGGGGCCGGAGCAGGCGGAGGAGGCUUCUUUGAAUCCUUCAAGCGGGUCAUCCGUAGCAGAAGCCAGUCUAUGGACGCCAUGGGCCUCAGUAACAGGAAGUCAAACACUUUCUCCACUAGCCACAGUGGCAGCUUUACCCACAAUCCCGCAGAGAGCCCCAAAACCCCAGGGAUUUCAUUGCUUGUUCCAGGGAAAAGUCCCAGUAAAUAUGGACGCCGAGGCAGUGCCAUAGGAAUAGGAACAAUAGAAGAGUCAUUGAUCAUUCCUGGGAAAAGCCCGACCAGGAAAAAGUCUGGCCCAUUCAGCUCCCGCCGCAGCAGCGCCAUUGGCAUUGAGAACAUCCAGGAGGUCCAAGAGAGGAGUCGAGAGGUGUCACCCAGCACCCAGAGGACACCGGAGGGCAUCCACUUCUCUCUGGAAAACAGAUCAGACAACUACUCCAAUCACAGCUCUCCUGAAUUCCCUACUACUAGGAACAGUUUGGCGAUGUGUUGCAGGGCGCCGUCCAUCCCCGAGGCGCAGGACCUUUCCCGCUCUUCCUCCAACGCCAGCAGCUUUGCCAGCGUAGUGGAGGAGCACGAGGCAGAGGAGGAGUACGACACCGGACUGGAAAGUGCGUCUUGUGUUACGCCACUCAAGGGAGAGUCAUUUACGUACGGCUCAAUGGAGGACAGUUCGUGCAGUGCAACCCAGGGGAGUGUUCCAGCAGCGUCUCGUCUGCAGCAGCAACCGGAUGGAGUGAAGACCUCGGAGCCCAAAGGGACAGACAGCCUGCCCAAGACAGAGCGCUCCUCAUCGGUGAGACAACCUGCUUUCAAUGAAGAGAAUCAGGCCACAGGCGGUCUGCAUUGUUGGCUUUCUGGCUCUGAUGUUGACUAA